ACACCAUUAUUACAAAGAUACUUCGACAAAAUAGUGAGCAAGUAUUGCCAAUUUGGGUCAACCUGGGUAGAUGUUCAUGCCGGCAAUGAAAGAUGAAAUAACAGGGUUAUGAGUGUGCUAUAACAUCCUACAGAGUUAACAUCCUUUCAUAAAGGGGAAAUAAUACUUGACAAACUUGCUACAGUGCUUUGAGAAGGAAACAAACAUUACUGAUGAAGGACCACCAGUUGAUGUCGUACUUUGAGAUUUCAACAAAGCAUUUGAUAAGUACCACGCUGAGUAUUGUUAUCCCGAUAGUUCUUUCGUCUCAGUCCGUGUGUAUUCCUGGGCGAAUGUGCUCGUGUGGUCUCAGGAGUUGCGGAGGUCACGGCUCUGGGACAGCCGUUUCAUCGCCCUAUGCUGCAGAACCUGCCCCGGAAGAGAGAGCCCAGAGAAUUGCCAAAGCUGUCCGCAAACAGUCAAUAGAAGUGAAGGAAAAUUGGGAACAACUGAAAAUCCGUGCGAGCAACUGGCAGAAACAGGUGGAAAAGGCGUUGGAGAAACUUCAAGAACUGCUGAAAGCUCUGGAUGAUCUUGAGGCUCAUGUGAUAACAGCUGAGGGGGUCCACACUGAUUGGCAACCUGUGAGUGACCUGCUUAUUGACUCAUUGCAGGAUCACAUUGAUAAAACCACAGGUAAGGACUAUCUUCAAAAUCUGAGAUUGGGUUUUGAAAGACAGCAGCCUUUGUUUUGGAGAGAUAAUGGGAACUGCAGAUGCUGGAGAAUGCGAGAUAACAACGUGUGGAGCUGGAUGAAGACAGCAGGCCAAUCAGCAUCUUAGGAGCACAAAAGCUGACGUUUCGGGCCGAGAACCACCUUCAGAAAAUGGGGAGGGGGUGCGGGUUCUGAAAUAAAUACGGAGAGAGGGGGAGGCGGAUGGAAGAUGGAUGGAGGAGAAGAUAGGUGGAGAGGAGAGUAUGGGUACGGAGGCAGGGAGGG